AUGACUCGUCACUCGCCCCAAUUCCUCGCCGCUCGCGGCUCAAACAUGUCGCUCCGCUCCCUGGCCCUAGAGCAGUCAAUGGCAUCACGGUUGCCCAGCUCUGCCGACUCUAUAUUUAAAAGGAUUGUCGACGCGAACGAUAUCAAGCCCGAGGACUUCACAAAACCCUAUUGCGACUUCAUGACUGGGUACCCCACCGUUUUCCACGCCACAGAAUACUUCAAGGAGACGUUGACCAAAGCCGGCUACACAGAGCUCCCUAGCCGAGAUGAUUGGGCAGGCAAGCUCGAGCCCGGCGGCAAAUACUUCGUUACCCGAAACGGCAGCUCCAUCAUCGCCUUCGCCAUCGGCAAGGCCUAUAAGCCAGGGAACGGUGUGGCCAUGGUCGCCGGGCAUAUUGAUGCGCUGACAGCGCGGCUCAAGCCCGUCAGCACAAAGCCCGUCGCCAAUGGCUACGUUCAGCUAGGCGUCGCCCCGUACGCCAGCGCCCUCAACGAGACGUGGUGGGAUAGGGACUUGAGCAUCGGCGGCCGUGUCAUUGUGCGCGACCCAGACACGGGCAAAACUACGGUCAAGCUGGCCAAGCUGGACUGGCCAAUUGCGCGCAUCCCCACCCUCGCGCCGCAUUUUGGCCUGGCCAUGACGGGGCACAACAACAAGGAGACCGAGGCCGUGCCCAUCAUUGGGCUGGACAACAGCGACCUGUUCCCCGCCAGUGGCGAUGCCGCGACAACAACAGCGGCGCCACUUGGCGGCGCCGGAUCCUUCGCCUCCACCCAGCCACCGAAGCUGGUCAAGCUGAUCGCCGGGGAGCUGGGCAUCGCCGACUACAGCACCAUUCUCAACUGGGAGCUGGAGCUGUACGACUCGCAGCCGGCCACCGUUGGCGGACUCGACAAGGAGUUCAUCUUUGCGGGGCGCAUUGACGACAAGCUGUGCUCGUGGGCCGCGUUCAUGGCGCUUCUCCACGCCAAGGCCGACGACGGCGAGGGCGUCAUCAAGCUCGUUGCCCUAUUCGACGAUGAGGAGAUCGGCUCGCUGCUGCGGCAGGGUGCGCGGGGCAACUUCUUGCCCAUCACCAUCGAGCGCGCCGUAGAAGCUCUGUCCGCUAGCAGCAGCGGCACCCCAUUCGGCCCCGGGAUUAUUGGGCAGACCUAUGCCCGGUCGUUCCUCGUCUCGUCCGACGUGACGCACGCGGCCCACCCCAACUUUACGCAGACCAACCUGGCCGGGCACUCGCCGCGCCUCAAUGUCGGAGUGGCGCUGUGCGUCGACGGGUCGGCUCACAUGACGACAGACAGCGUGUCCAUGGCCAUCCUGGACCGCGUGGCCUCGCUCUCGGGCUGCGUCAACCAGCGCCACAUGAUCCGCAACGAUAGCCGCUCCGGCGGCACCGUCGGCCCCAUGCUGAGCAGCGCCAUGGGCGUUAAGGCCGCCGACGUCGGCAUCCCCCAACUGAGCAUGCACAGUGUGCGCGCCACCACCGGCAGCUUGGAUCCGGGCCUCGGCCUCAAGUUCUACAAGGGCUUCUUGGACAACUGGGAGAAGGUUGACAAGGAAUGGCAUGCUUGA